AUGGAAUUGUCAGAUGACAUUCUCUUCCCCUCAACAUAUCGGAUGUACGGCUUCAAUGGGACCGUGACCAUCCCAAAAGGCGAGGUAACUCUGAGAGUAUCAUAUGGGGGCGUUUAUUUGGAUACUCUAACCACAUUCUGCAUAGUCGAUGUCGCCUCACCCUAUGAAUCCAUUAUUGGGAGACCCUGGAUCGCCGGAAUUAAAGGGGUGGCAUCGGCCUACCAUCAAAGGAUGAGAUUUCCAACGUAUAAAGGUAUAGCAGAGAUCAUCGGCGAUUCGCAUGCGGCCAGGCAAUGUAUGCAAGCCGAUGUUCAGAUAAAUGAGGAACGACGAGCACGUCAGCGAAGGGAGAAGAACAAGGCCAAAGAAGUCAAGGCGGCAAAAAAGCUGGAAAAGGUGAAUCGGCUCACAAUGGUCCUGCGAGAGAAUAUGGAUGCUUUCGCAUCGAACAUGCACGAUAUGGAGGGCAUAGACCCGACAAUAUGCUGCCAUCAUUUAAAGAUCGACCCAAGUUUCAAACCUGUCCGACAAAAGAUGAAGCGAAUCGCACCAGAUUUGCAGACAGCAGUCGAAAAAGAAUUAAAGAAACUGCAGGAAGCAGGAAUAAUCCGAAAAUCCCAGUACCCACAGUGGAUAUCUAACAUGGUCGUAGUACCAAAGAAGAAUGGAUGA